ACUCCACCCACCCAGUCAUAUAGCUGGAGUACACACCUCAAAAAUGGGAAUAGUUCUCAUAAAUUGGAUGGAUUAAAUAAUUAGUGAGAAUUUAUAUGAGGCUGCAUCUAUCUGAAGAAUUUUUGCUGCUCUUUUCAGUUGGCAGACACUGCCCUUGAUCAAAUUACGUUGCAAAUUUUGCUGCAACCACUGCAGGCAACUUUUCAUUAAUAGGAAAUGGAGUGGAUGGAUCCUCUUUCUGUGUUGUUCCUAUUUUCCCUGGCAAUUGCGUUCCUUUGGAAAAUGAACAAUUUCUGGAACAGCAGCAGCCAAAAUCUUCCACCAGGACCAAAGCCAUUGCCAAUAAUAGGAAACCUCCACCUAAUGGACCUGAAGAGGCCUUACAGAACCCUGUUAAAGCUUUCUAAACAGUAUGGCCCGGUUUUCAGCCUACAAACGGGAUUCCAGAAAAUGGUAGUUCUGGCGGGCUACGAGACUGUAAAGGAGGCUUUGGUGAACCAGGCAGAUGCAUUUGCAGAGAGGCCCAUGGUCCCAAUAUUGGAAGACUAUCAAAAAGGCUACGGAGUCGUUUUUGCCCAUGGUGAGAACUGGAAAGUGAUGCGGCGGUUUGCGCUAACCACGUUGCGUGACUAUGGAAUGGGCAGGAGGACCAUAGAGGACCGAAUUGUCGAAGAGUGCCAUUCCCUAAUACGGAAGUUUGAAUCUUUUGGAGGAAAACCGUUCGAUAAUACUACAGUCUUAAAUGCUGCUGUUGCCAAUAUUAUCGUGUCCAUAUUGCUUGGCAAGCGAUAUGAAUAUGAAGACCCCUCAUUUGUGAAACUACUGAACUUGUUCAAUGAAAACACCCGGCUUGCUGGAAGUCCCUCGGUCACGCUGUACAACAUGUUCCCUGCUCUGGGCUUUCUUUUUGGCAGUCGCAGGAUUGUUCUUAACAACAAGAUGGAACUGGACAACUUCAUACAGGACACCUUCAUUGAACACCUCAAGGAAUUGGACGUGAACGAUCAGAGGAGCUUUAUUGAUGCUUUUCUAACCCGACAGCAAGAGGAGAAGAACAAGAUUAAUGGAUUUUUCCAUAAUGGAAACCUAAAGGCUAUCGUGAACGACUUAUUCGGUGCAGGCACGGAGACCACUUCGAUUACUUUGUGUUGGGGUUUGUUGCUGAUGAUGAAGUACCCUGAAAUCCAGAAGAAAGUGCAAGAAGAGAUAACAAAGGUCAUUGGGUCCGCUGAACCACGGAUUGAACACCGAGCCAAACUGCCAUACACCGAUGCAGUGGUUCAUGAAGUUCAGAGGUUUGCUAAUAUUCUCCCUACAAGCGUGCCCCAUGCCACCACAGUGGAUGUCACUCUUGGGGGCUACUUCAUUCCAAAGGGAACUCAUAUUAUUACAUUACUGUACUCCGUGCUUUAUGAUGAAUCUCAGUGGGAAAAACCUUAUAAAUUCUACCCUGAGCACUUCCUGGAUUCCGAAGGAAAUUUUGUAAAGAGAGAUGCCUUCAUGCCUUUCUCUGCAGGUCGGCGAAUGUGUGCUGGUGAGACCCUUGCCAAAAUGGAGCUCUUCCUUUUCUUUGCAAGUCUUCUGCAGAGAUUUACUUUCCAGCCAGCUUCUGGGACAUCUCAAGAAGAUCUGGACCUGACCCCUGAUAUUGGGUUUACUACACCUCCGAUGCCCUAUCAUAUCUGUGCUUUGCCACGUUCAUAAGACUGAUGCUGCUAUGUUACUUAGGUGCCACAACUGAUCCUUGUGUUACGUAGCACAUCACCAGCCUUUCCUACCUGCCGUUUUAGAGCAGUAGACCCAUGACAAAAUUGUUCCAUGCUUUGUCACAAAUCCGCAACCUCUGACCCCAGCCACUGAGAAUCAAGCCUAUGCCUCUCUUCACAGCCUCAGUCCCCUCAACUGCCCAGGCCCAGUCUGGCUUCUGUUUCUUCGUUUCACUAAGCUGUGACUGAAUAGAGGAGGGAACUGACUUCUGACUUCUGGAAGCCUGCCUGGCACAGAAAGUGGGCAUGCUUUUUGUUUUAUGUGCUACUAUGCAUGAACAACAGGAUCUGAGUCCAGCGGCACCUUAGAGGCCAACAUGAUUUUCAGAGAAUAAGCUUUUGAGAGUCAGAGCUCCCUUCCCUCUAUCUGAGGAAAGAAAAAUCUCUGAGGUGCUGCUGGAAUCAAAUCCUGUUGUCCUACUGUACACCAAAAUGGCUACCCACCUAAAACUAUACAAGAAAGCUUAGGUUUUUGUUGUUGUUGUUUAUUUGUUUAUUGUUACCAUCCUCCAAAACACAAAAAGAACCUGGCAUAAUUUCAGAUUCUUUUGUUACAUAUGAGGAAAAAUCAAAUCUCAGUCUCUACAACUGGACAAUAAGUUCUUGCCCUGCGUUGGUAAGAAUCUAAAAAGGGACAGUGGAUGUCCUUUUGUAAGGUUUUUCAUUUCCACAUAGGUGAAGAACAUCUUUGAUCUUCCAUUUAUAUACUGUGAGUUGUUGACAGGUUUUCAACAAUAUCAACACAUCGGGAUAGGAAGAAUCACUGAAUUUGACUUGGUAAGGCUGUGUAAUUUAAACUGCUAUCUCAAAUAAUUAAACUCUCUUCGUCAGACAGCAGCUUCAGCAUAUCUGAACUUCUGAAACGGUACUAGGUCUGUUAUCAAGACUCCCUUCAGAGCACCAUUUCAUAUCUAAGAUGGGCCUUUUUAUUCCCCUAUCCUGAAUAUUUCUAAAUCUUAUCAAAUAUAACAAUGCAGGAGUGUUAGGUUCACGUCUGCUAAUUGUUUUUAGUUGGCUUGAAAGCAAUCAAGCCUGUACUGGAUAUUAGCCGAAGCAGACAGUAAAGUGCCCCUAAAUGUUAAAGUUCACUCCUGUUCCAUUAUUAGGAAAGAAACCCUUGCCCAACAAAUACUUUUUAUUAGAACCAACUGAAAGUCUCAAAGAUGUGACCAAGCUUCUAAGCUGGGAUGGGUUUUAGUUAGAUCAGGCUUUGUUUGGUUCAAAAAGAUCUCCGGUUAAACCACAGGAUGCAGAGAGACCAACACCCAGUUGGCUUGCCCAUAGAAAAUACGGGCACCAGAGAAGUUAUUUUGACAUUACUGGUUUUGACAGUCCUUAGCUUUUUUUUAAAAAAAGUAUAGCUAUUAUGAUGCUUAGAGCAUCUACAAUUUUUUUAUGUUUGGGGAUAAUAUGAUAAAAAUGGAAAUGUGACUAUAAAGUAACCAGAUAUGCAAAUCAAGGGCCAUAUAACUAGUUAAAUAAGGAACUUUGUAUGAAUUAUUUUAAUGAAUCUGCCUAUAAAAUUUAUGGUGCUAAAAAGGGAAACGUUUGAAGGUAAGGGUGUUGAAAGCCGACUUUGAGGCAGACAUUGUUAGCUGAACAUUGGAGAUCCCUAUGGGGCAAAAUA